AAAGCUCUCUUAAAAAGAAUGAUUGGUUAAGAGUGGCAGUCGUUCUUGCGUUACUUUCGUCACUACUCUCAUGAGGAGGUAUAAACUGCUUGCGUGUGAAAUUGUUACGGAUGAGGUCGUUUAGUAUUAGCAGAUAAAUUCUGUGGUUUAUAAAGAUAUCUGCAAAAUAAUUAUUAAUAGGAACGAAGCAAAGAACAUACCAUUAUCUACAAUUAUUGUAUAGAGGACACUUAGAGGACAAGGAGAGCUUACAGAAUCGUAUUCGCUAUUAUUAUUUACUUUAUUUUUUAUAUUGACAAUAAGAAUUAUUCUCUAAAGUCUAAGUUUAAUUUGAAUACAGGCUAGUGUUGAUGUUGAUUUAAAAAAAAAAAACACGCUAUAUGAAUAAUAAAAAAAGACAUUUCGUACAGAUUAUUUUGAAUUAGUUUAAAUCUGAUAGGUAUUUCAGCCUACAUUAUUAAGAAAAUUCAGUAGUACAGCACCGGUAACUUAAUUCCAAUCAGUUUUCUACAGAAUAUGCAAUCUUCUGGUGGUGCUGGACAUUUGACUUUGAGCACCAGUGACGGGGUACUUGUUAAUUCAGUUAAAAAUGCUUGCAGAAACAGGUUAAAUACAGGAGUGAAUGCAGAGGACCCAGAUUCCAUUGUGUCUCUGGUGGGUGAUUCUCGGCGAUAUGGAGUCGAUCCAGAUCAUUUGAAGGCUUCCAGUCCAAGGGCUGGCAAUGCUGAUGGUUCCUGUGUGGAAGAUGACUCGGAAGGCGAGUCGCACAAGGAUGGGCGAACCGAGGAGGUGGACAGGGAUACUAAAGUUAGGGCAUACGCCUGGUGUAAAGAAUUCCUGUCUGGAUCAUGGAAACUCAUUUCUGAAGAUGAUUUUCAAAUUGGUAUUAUCAGUGGUGGAUUAAGUAACCUGCUGUACCUGUGCUCUCUACCAGACCAUGUGCUCGGUGUUGGAGAGGAGCCUCGCAAGGUUCUGCUGAGAGUUUAUGGAGCUAUUUUACAGGGUGUCGAUUCCCUUGUUCUGGAGAGUGUGAUGUUUGCAAUCCUAGCAGAACGGGCGCUGGGACCACAGCUCUAUGGGAUCUUCCCUGAAGGGCGACUGGAACAGUACAUUCCGAGCAAUCGGUUAUUGACGGAGCAGCUACGAGUUCCUGAUCUCUCCGGGGAGAUUGCUGUGAAGAUGUGCCGGUUCCAUGGGAUGGUCAUGCCCUUUAACAAGGAGCCCAAGUGGCUGUUUGGGACCAUAGAGAGGUAUAUGAAGCAGAUUUUGACAUUGAAAUUUACCAAAGAAGCCCAUUUGAAAAAGUUCAACAAACUGAUGAGGUACAACCUGCCUGCAGAGAUGGAGAGCCUGAGAGCUCUUCUUGAGUCAACUGCUUCUCCAGUGGUUUUCUGUCAUAAUGAUGUGCAAGAAGGUAACAUCCUUAUGCUGGCUGAUCGAGAUCCCUCUUCCAAAGAAAAACUUAUGCUCAUAGACUUUGAAUACAGCAGCUAUAAUUACAGGGGUUUUGAUAUUGGCAACCAUUUCUGUGAGUGGAUUUACGACUAUACCUACGACCAGUGGCCCUUUUUCAAAGCUACUCUAGAGAACUACCCAAGCAGAGAGCAACAGUUGCAUUUCCUUCGCCACUAUUUGUCUGAAUUUUCUGGGAUUAAGGAAGAUGUAGAACGUGACGAUCGAGCAAAGAUUGAAGAAGAAAUGAUUAUUGAAACUAACAGAUUUGCAUUGGCAUCACACUUCUUGUGGGGUUUAUGGUCAAUUAUACAAGCUAAAUUGUCUACAAUAGAGUUUGGAUACAUGGAUUAUGCCCACUCUCGAUUUGACGCCUACUUCAAACAGAAAAAACUGUUUGCAUAGCAGUUGUAUUUAUAUCUAGGGGACCCUUCAAAAAAGACAAGAAUCAGAAUUUCAGUUUCUAAAGGGAUUCCAUGUUCCACUGGAUUUCUAUUCCAGUUCUGUGAAUGUAUAAUCUUCAGUCAGGCUUUUCCAUUUUUUUUAUUUUAAUUUUUUUGCUUCAGUGGUCAGUAAAUAUGAGACAUGCAUUUAAAGCUUGUGUGCAGCCUGGACUCUAGACCUAACAAUAGAGUGAAACACAGAACCAAAAAAAGCACAAUGCUCACCGACAAUGUACUGUAAAACAUAGUGGGGAAACAAAGCAUGCCAUAGCAUCGUCCUUUAAAAAUAACUUGCUUAGUAGUAUAGGAGCCAAGCAAAUGAAUUCUUAGGCAACAUCCAUUGAUAUUUUUUGUAACUGUUAAGUAACUUUUUGUUUGUGUCCUUGUUAAUAUAUCAAGAUACAAAUACUGUAAAAAACCAAAAACAGCACCCUUUUAUUUGUGCCAUUCGUUAUUGUCAGCUACUUGUGCGAUGGAUGUCCAUUUAAUUGAUAACUUAAACGGCUGUUGUUGAGGUAAUCCUUAAAGAGGUUGUUGAUAUAUUUUAUUUAUUUAUUGUUUUUUUUAAAAAAUUUUUAUCAAUUUAACCAUCAAUGCACACUUGCUGACACAUAGUCCAGAUAUAAUUCUUUUUUGUUGAGUUGUCUGUUGCAUUCCCAUGUUGCAUUGAGACUGUUCACAAAUAGGGGACCAAGAAUUGUAGAAUUUAGAAGUUAUAACAAUCCGUAUGGAUCCUCUUCACUGCCCUUGAUAAACACAGUACCUGUAUUUGUGAGUGUGCUGCCUGCCUAAUGAUUCAUUGGAAUAGUAAAAUAACCCUUAGUGCAAGGUUUGAAAGCGUAUAAUUGUUCAUAUUUAUGUACUGUGAAGUUGUAGUGUGCUAGUUGUGUUUUCUUUAAUUUAAUUUGAAUUAUUCUUAUUUCAGCCUAGAAUCUCUUCAACUGAGAAAAGACUUUUUUUUUUUUGGUUUAUUUAAAAUUCAAGUCAAUGAUGUUAGUCUGUUUUUUUUUUUAUGUUUUCAAAGCCUUGUUUUACACAUACAGUAGUUACUGUAGGGCACAUUGUGAAUGUACAACAGUAUUGUUGAUAACUGUUAUAAAAUCAUUUAGGUAUACUAUUGCUUGUUUGAUAAAAGCCUAGCAUAACCAAAGGCAAGGCUGAGAGCUUGGAUGUGAUGAGCUUCUAUCGCGGUAUGUCUGUUAUCAUUCGAGGCAGAUUUAAUCGCGUGUAUUGUGUUGCUCUUCUGAUUAACACGUCUGGGGCCUGAAUAAAAUUCAAAUGUUGCCACCGUAUAACUUUGGUUUAAAUAAGGACUGGUUGUUUGUAGCCCAAUCACUGUGAUUAAGCACUUAAAUAAUAAUAAAUAUUUCCUCCCAUUUGAAAAAAUCUAAAAUGUAAAAAUACGAACCCCUCUCCUUACUUUGCAGCUGUAGUACAUUAAUAACCAGUGUCACGCCUUCAUAUUCCCAGUGACCAUUAUUACAUAGUGUGAAGAAGAAAAGACUGGGUGCAAAAGUUUCAUUCGCUCUUGUGUUGUAGUACAUGUAAUGUUUAACCGAUUCAACUUUCCUGAAACAUUCAUUCAUUUUUAAUUCAAUUAGUACCAUGGGCAUGAAGACUAAACUUUGCCCGUAAUUAUAGAAAUUAUAAAACAAAACUUAAUAGUUUUGGACAAUACAAUUUUACUGCUAGCAUAAUUAGUUUGCAAAUAAAAAUGACAUUUUAUUUUUUUCUUGGCUUAAGGCCCUAAUCAGGCAUAUCAUUUUGCCAUGUUGCCAUAAAAAUGGUCUUAUCCUAGAUGUAAUACUAUAUAGGUAUUUCACGUUCAUCUGAUUGCUUCGCUAAAGGGUUUUAGAGGUAAGUGCUACCUAUGGGUACAUCUGGAUAGCAAAAGUUCAGACAAUCGUAAAGAAAACACAAACUGGUGAUAUCUGACCUAUAGCAUUCAUUGUAGAUAUCUGAAUCCAACACUUAUCUUCUGAUAUGUGCUUAUCAGGGUCUGUGAAACCAGCCGUAUGGUAUAUACGUGUAUGUCUAAAUGUUUGAUUUAACUCCAAUCUGAAUGGCUUGAGAGUCUGUUUGCUCUGCUGUAGUUUUAUGUAUGUAAUUGCAAUAAACUGGUUCAUAAUAAAGUAAUCUUAUUCUUAAGUAUUUAAGGUCUUUUCCUUAAAGAAAAUAUAUUUAAUUGUAUGGAUUUAAUGCAUGCUUUAAUAAGCACUGGCAUUCUCUUUGCAAUUAAGUCUACCAAAGUAAAACACUGUCAUGAAAGAAUUCCAAAACACUGAUGGCAGUACAAAAAAACACAACUGACAUGUUUCACACUUUUCAUGAGUUGUUUUCAAUCAAAACCAUUCCUAAUUUUCAUUUUUGCUGAAAUCAGAGAAGAUAGGCUUUAUUAGUACAUGAACUGGUCUAUAAUGGGAAUAGAAUCAACGAUUUACAGAACACGCUGUAGUAGUGAUGACUUUUUUACAAUAAUUACAAUUGUAUUGACAUGUGGUCAUAAACUAGAAUAAAAUCAAACGUGUUACACAAAUGAUCUGCAGUCAGCAGAUGCAUUUUCAAGAGAUGAAGACAUUGCAUGAUGUCCAUCCCUGCACACUGUGUUUGUUUCCAAUCAAUGAUCCUUCCAGCAACAACACGUGUGUUUCUUUCCAUUCCCAUGAUUGACAUUGAGUAAGAGCACCCACAUGGCUGCAGGAAGGGUUGUUGAUGUGGAUACAACCACGGGACGCAUUAAUACAAUGUACUGCUUGUCAUAAGGAACGCUGCCAAGAAUGUAAAUUGUCUUGGUUUCAUUCCACAACCCAGAUUGUGUGAAUACCAAAAUAUAUAUAUAUAUAUAUAUAUAUAUAUAUAUAUAUAUAUAUAUAUAUAUAUAUAUAUAUAUAUAUGUGUGUGUGUUAAAAAAAAUAAAAAAUAAAAUAAAUGAUUACUUUUGCAGGAUACAACAAAGGUAAUGCAUUGUUUGCAUGGCACACUCUAACCCUUUAAAUUAAACUGUUAGAUUGUGAAAUAUAUGCCAAAGGUCCUUUAGCACUAAAACAGCUGUCCUUUUUUAUCUGAACAAGUAUCAUGUUUCAGUGUUGAAACAUGAGCGGUUUGUAGAGAUCAAACAGUUUAAAAUAGAAAACCCUCCACUCCAAACUGCUUUUCCUGGAGUAGAAAUAGCAGCCCUUUUCGAAGCAACAAGAUUAAGAUCACUGAGUCACAGACUUCUUUUUUUUUUGUUUAUCAAAAAACGCAAAAAAGCUGGAUCAUCAUUCCAGAUCUUGCUGAACAUGGGUUGCUUCUGUACAGAAUUGACUGUUGGAUUUAUAGUCGGCUGAAAAGGAUUGAUUCUUUUGGACUGCAGCUUAAGUAAUCUGUUGUUGAUGGAAUUUAAAGCGUAUAAAAAUUCCUGUGUUAUCUUUCUAUCAUUCUGAGCGUCUCCUUAAUAACUUUUUGUGCUUUAUUUUGUUCUUUUGUGGGUUGAAUCAGAAACAUUUAGAAAAACAUCUCCUUUUAUGGCAAUUUCUAAGGUUACACUGAAUAACUGAGUUCAAGUAAUUGUCACAACUCAAAUUGGCUUGCUGCAAAGAUCCUACGUUUUAACGUGGGUUUAUUAUUUAGUCGGGAUAUACAUUUCAUUCAAGGUUAAUAUCUGAGGAAAGACUUAAAACUGUAAGAGAUGAGUAGACUGAUAUGGUGUUUGUCACUGGUGUUGAUCUAUUUCAUCCUGGGGCUGACGUUUUGUGGGGGAUGGGUGCAGUGGGUUUUGACUGUUCUCAGGAGCUUCCUGUUCAGUUCAGUCACUUCAGGAAAUGACAGCAAAGUCAGCAGAGUGGUGGAAUCCUGGGAGAGAAACCCCGCCUCAAGAAUUUACUCAUGUGGAAAUGAGGAUGCUUUGGUCACAGUACAGACAAGCACACACUGUUUUCAGGUCUUAUGUUUAUAAUUGUAUUAUUAUACUGUAAGGUGUGAUAACUGCCAGGAAAUAAAUGAUUUUAAAUCCAGCCAGCUAAACUAUCAGAAAUAAGUUGUAUACACAGGUAUAAUACAGAUUAAGAGAUCUACACCUCUUCAACAUUGUCUAGGGAGAUGCAAAUAUAUUAUGGAGUGAGAAAGAGAGGAGGAUUUAUUGGAUACCAGUACAGAAAAGCUUGAGUGCUGCACUAAUAUCUGAUAUCUUUUUAUUAAGAAAUCAGUACAUUGCUUUUGUUGAAAAUGAAACUUUUUGUCCAGGAACAGAAUUGUAGCUACUAAAUAUUGUGUGUGUGUGUGUGUAUAUGUAUAUAUUUUUUAUUUAUUUUUAUUAUUUUUUUUUUUUUUAAAAAGGUGGAUCUCGGAAAGCUGUCUAAAUGCAGUGAGUACUUCAGGGCCCUGUCUCACUCCCGAAUAAAGGAGACUACAGAGAACCUCAUCCACCUGGACCACAUUCCUUCUAGAACCUUCCGCAAUCUCCUCGAGUUUACCUUCCGGCAGCACUGGGAGGUCCCUGAAGAAGAGCUCCGGGAGCACAUUCAGGUGGGCAGCUACCUGUUGGCACAUCCCUUCCUAGCCAGAUGCCUGGCCUUACUUAGGAAGGUCUUGACCCCUCAGAAUUGCCAGUCCUACCUGGACUUUGCCAAAUCAAUUUUUUGUGAGAUGCUGAGUACAGUGUGCUGCUACCUGAGCACACGCCUGCUAGAAAUGCCUUAACUCUACGGCAGCCUGGAACCAGCAGAAAGAGAGAGAAUAAUUGAACUGAGAUCAGAGGGCAGCCACCAGCUGUGCGCCUUGAAGAAAGAAAACCUUUGUGCAGGUCGUGACUCUCAAACCGAUGAAGCUCGCUAUCUGUACCGUUUUCUAGGUGCAGAUAAAUGGAGCUUCAGCACUGCUGUGUUGUAUAAUUACUUGUUUGUUAUAGGGGGUUACAGACACAAGGUGAAAAAGGGAUUUGAGUUCAGGAUGGCCUCCUUUCGAUAUAACCCCUUCACAGACUGCUGGGAUUCUGUGGCACAUUUGAUUAAGCGCAGGCGUCACUUCAGCACUGCAGUUUGUGAGGAGGCUAUCUUCGCAGUCGGAGGAUGGUAUCGAGAUAAUCUUUUGGCUCCUGAUUCCAGCACUGCCCUCUACACCGCAGUGGAGCGGUAUGACCCAUGGACCGACACCUGGGCUUGUGUCUUCUCUGCCCCUGACCGACUACUUAUUCACUGUAUCCCUUUCCCAUGAUAUUCCACUAACAACUGUCCUGCGUGACUAUCUAUGUGCUCGGAACCAUCCAAAAAACAGGAGAGAAGCUCAUACUGCAGUACAAUGUGAAACAAGAUUCCUGGUCAGAGCUGCUUCCCACGCUUACUUGUGCUGAUGCAGAUAUUCUCAGUCUCUGCUUCUUCUGCUCAGUAUACAGGCUUUAUUUGAUUGGAGGGAAUAACAAUGAGAAUGUUGUGACCUCAUUCUGUGUGGAGAGUCAGAAGUGGGGCAAGGUUAGGGCCACGCAGAAAAUGGCGCUUGCUGGGCAGGGCACUAUACUCAAUAACAAAGUGUACAUGCCAGCAGAGCAGAGCACUGUUAUCAGCAUGGAUCUCCGGUCCUUAUCCACACAGAUAUUACCUCCUCUCCCCAUCUCCACUUCCUAUCAGGCUCUUUUCCACCUUUAUUUCAAAGUGUUUGAUAACGAAUCAUCCCUUCAAUAGAGGAUAAUCUGACACUGCAUUAUUAGUUUUCUUAAUGACUCAGAUAAUUCAGUAAUAGUGCAUUUUAAUUUCAGUCUUCUUGUUGUAGCUAUUGAUUUUUUUUUUCUUUCAAUUAUUUUGAGUCUGCCUCAGUUUUCUUUUGGUUUAUGAAUUAAUUCAGGGUUUGUACAAAGCACUUUGAGACAGUUGUGAAGACUGAUAAUGUGUUAUUAUUAAUAAUAAUAAUAAUAAUAAUAAUAAUAAUAAUAAUAAUAAUAAUAGCUUCUGGAGAAAAUGAUUGUGAAGGGUUGUAGUUUUAAGCGAUCUCACUAGGUUUUCCAUUGUAAAAUAACUUAGAAUGGAUAGUUUGACAGUUGUAAAGUUGCUGAAAAAAACAGAUUCAGGUGGUCCCACAGCAUAAUGUACCUAAAAUAUACUGUAACUGUUUGUUUAAUUAUAUCUAUUUAUCUAUUUUCUUUUUCUACUAAACCAUAUGUAAAACAUUUUACCAUCUUAUGUUUAAAGUAGAAAGAAAGUUGAAAUAAAAUAUUUUUUGAAAAAAAAAAAGUAA